AUGGCAACGAUGCUUCGCAUUGACGUCGCACCUUUCGAGCGAUUCUGUCAAAGAGUGGCCGACGCAGCGGCGAAGCCAGACCCGUACCUCAUGGCUGAUGCCGCGUACAUCCAGAAAGACACCAGAUGGCGGAACAAGCAGCGAACGCUUGUAUUCUGCAGCCGCGGAGUCACAGCAAGGUUUCGCCACUUGUGCGACGACCUUCGCAAGCUUUUACCCCACCACAAAUCCGAACCAAAGUUCGAGAAACGAUCAAACUUCAACGAGAUCAAUGAGAUCUGCGAGCUGAAGAACUGCAACAAUGUCGUGUUCUUCGAAGCUCGAAAACGAGAAGACUUGUACCUUUGGGUUGGACGAGUGCCAUCUGGCCCCACCAUGAAGUUUCAGGUGUUGAACAUCCACACUACCCAGGAAGUCAGACUAGCUGGGAACUGCCUGUUGGGAAGCCGGCCGAUCAUGUACUUUGACAAAAGCUUCAGUGAGGUGUCAUACCUGAAGCUUGUCAAAGGCUUGUUUUUACAGGUCUUUGGUACUCCACGAAAUCAUCCCAAGAGCAAGCCGUUCCAUGAUCACAUCAUGUGCUUCUACUGGCUGGACAAGAAGAUUUGGUUCAGGCACUACCAAAUCUCGCCGGAAACGCCAGAGGAUAACAACAAGCCUGAGAAGCAGGUCCUCACCGAGAUUGGCCCUCGCUUCGUCCUGGACCCCAUCAGAAUCUUGGGUGGAAGCUUCAAUGGGCAAACCCUGUACCUGAACCCUCACUACAUGUCGCCCACGGCCUUGCGGGUUCAGGCAAGGAAGUUGCUCAAGAACCCCUACGUAAAGAAGCUCAACGACAAAGCAGAGAGAGAAGAGCGCAAGAAGGCGAACGAGCUUCCGGAAGAUCCUGUAGAGGAUGUCUUCGAGUGA